AUGACAUCAAAUAAAGAGCAAGCUAUCUUAGAGUUGAAAUGGCUUAAUUCUGAGAUUUUGACGGCUUUGGUGCAAAACCCCGAGUCAACGGAAACAACCUUAAUUUUUUUAUAUUAUGCCAAUAACGAAAAGAACUCCCAGCUCAUUGAAGUUGGAAGGGACGAUAUUGACUCUCAACAAAUAUCGUGGAACGUGUUAGACUCUCAAAGCAAGGAGCAUAUUUACCAAGGAUCGUUCCAGAUAUUCCGCCACACUAUGAUGGCUUUAGUCAAUUCACACUCUUUAUCAGAAAAAAGUGUAAUAAUUGGCAAAACACUUAAAUGGGCUGAUAAACUUAUGACUUGUUUGGCCAAAAAAGAUUUCAAGGCAGCCUUAAUCCAUGCAUGCGAAUUUUACUACUCCGACAAUUAUGGCAGAUUGAUAUUAUCUGGAUUGCCUCAUACAGCCAAGGAAAGACAUGAAGUUGUCCGUCCUUUUUUGAUUCAGAUCAUGAAGGAGGCCGUGACACCUUUAUUCGAAGUUGAGUCAGCUAACGGACCUCUUGAUGAGACCCUCCUAUUAUACCUACAAAUAAUAACAAUGUUGGCGAAAGACUCAGGGGGACAGAUUCCGGAGAAUUUACUUGCAAUAUUAGAAUCUAUCGACGAAAAAUAUGAGGACAAGCACGGGUUUUAUCAGCAUCUUGAAAAUUUCAUUUUAUCUCGACAAGUCCGAAAUCUAUCGCCAACUUUAUUCAAAAACUUAGUGGAAUAUUAUAUGAAAGCAGCGGAAGGUAGCAAAUUAACUGAAAUGAUUUGCAUUUUAGAUGCGAGCACAUUGAGUAUUGACAUGACCUUACAACUCUGCACCAAAUAUGAUUUACGUGAGUGCAGUGUUUACAUUUGGAACAAACUUCUCCACGACUACAAGACUCCUCUUAUAGUAUUGAUGAAUGAUUUGAACUCCUCGAAAUAUGACGAGGAGCAGAAAUUGAUAGUCUACACAUACAUGACGUAUAUAUUGAGCGGACGUCAAUUUCCCAGUGAUGAUUUACUAAGUGUUGAUGAAGAGAAAUUUGCUCGAGGACAGGUAUGCGAGAUAAUUUUCAGUAUGAAUCCAUACUCUUUACUCCAUGGUACAGUUGUAUCUGGUGAUUCUGUGGAUGUCUUAUUUCCUCAGUUGUACCAAUUAUUAAAAUUUAAUGUGUUUGAAAUGCUUGUGACAUUGAAUGAAUUCUUCGAGAACCCUUGUUUGAAUGCCGAAGGUAAAGACGCCCUCAACAGACAAUACAUUACAGAUGCUUUACUUGACGUGUUUGAUGCAAAGAAGGAAAGUUUCAACCAGAGAGACUUCGUGUACCUUGCUAUUUUCAUUGCCAGGAACUACCCUAAAUAUUACCAAUUCAUAAGGAUUUCAGAAUCCACUUUGGAGGAAACAGUUGAUCGUCUUUGCAAGAACCCAGACGAAGACCUUCAUGAAGACUGUGAAUUGUCUUUGGAAAGUUUGCUACCUUUCUAUGAUAUGCCUAAUGAUUCCCUUCUUAUAGAAAAGCUACGAGCAGCAAAGUUUUUCAAUGUUCUUUUUGGAGUAUACCGGUCUAAAGGUAAUUUGCGAAAGGCUUUAGAAUUGUGGCUUGAAGGUCGGAGAACAGAAACAUCACACUCGCCGGACGAGAAGAGAAGCUUAACUGUUUUAGCCACUACUCUUGAAAGUACAUUUAGACGGAGCCAAUCAAACUAUGAAGAGAAAAACCAAUUAACAAAUUUUAUUAAUAUCCAUUUCGAGGAACUUGCGAGAUACAACGUGGAAGACAUGGUGGUUCUAGCCAAUACCUACAAUGUGGAACAUCACUUGGCUGUACUCAGCUGUCAGGAUAACAAACUUGCUUUUCAAUAUCUAAACGCGUUGUUUACAAAAUACGAUACAACUAUAGAAGCUUCAGCUAAAGCUCUACUUCUUAGUAAAUAUAUUCAGCUCAUUGCUGAAUUUGAUCCAGAGCAGCUUGUGACAAUGCUAGCUAACUAUGGUACUUUUUUACGACCAUUCAAGAAGCCAAGAGAGGAGUUGAAGUCAUUUUUCAAGGCAAAAUGCUUUUGUGGUGCAUUAAGUGUACUUUUACGUCUAGAGGGUCGCUUUCAAGAAGCGGUUAAUUGCCUUGCGGAUGCGAUGGAGCAAACUGUCGAGAAUAACGAAAAUAUCUCCUCGUUGAAAAGCAAUUUAGACCUUGCAAUGUCGAUAUGUUCUGAAGCGAAGGACGACAAAUUGUGGAAGUUCCUAGUGCAAAAAUUAGUCGUGUUUACGGGUACAGCGGGUCCAAGUGCUCUUGAGUUGCUCAACCAGGGAAUUUAUCAAUGUUUCCGCAAAAUAAUCGAAAAUGGCAGUGGCAUAAACUCACAUCAAACAUUCUCGAAGGUUUUCAAUGACAUUUUGGAGAUUGCCACAGUUUCCAACGUGCGGUCUAUUCUUCAAGAUGUGCUUGUGUCGUUUUUUUUCGAAAGCGAGACACAGAAAAUCGUAUUAACCAAGAUGAAUCGGGAAAUUUACAAAUACAUGUACCACUUAAAACGAGACAUUAUUAAAGGAUGGCCCGUCAGAAACAUGAGGUGUACCAGCUGCAGCAAGUCCAUGUGCGGUACAGACGUCUCGAUUGAAAACUACCUGGUUUGGGAAGACAAGAUACGUGAACGUGUUUUUCUAGGCCCCGCUGAGGAGACUAAGUAUACGAGACAACUUGGACUUAUUGUUUUCAAAUGUGGCCAUGGAUAUCACUUACAAUGUCUUGAUGGUCUAGGUAGUCUGACCGUUUGUGUUAUGUGUGUUCCGGAAUGA